AUGUGGACUGUAUGCGGGAACAAGUACAUGGACAAGUGCCUCAUUGCUGAGCGUCUAAUCAAGGACGCCGAUGCGAUUGGAGCUCCCCGUGGAGAUAACCUAGCUGCCGCCUCCUCGUGCACUCCCGCACUCGCGCCCGCUCCUCCCGCACGCGCGCCGCACCCUCACCUCUCUCUCCCCCUCCAAACCCUACCCCGCCGGUCGCCGCCACCGCUGUUGCUCGCCCUUGCCUCCCGCGCGGCGCCGUCUCCUGGCGUCCUCGCUCGCGUACUCUGCCGCAUCUCCCGCGCCAGCAGAUCGACGCAGCCGGGCCCGUCCACCGCCUCUCCCCGCCGCCCAGCUCGUCCCCGGCCUCCGCCCAGGUUAGACCUCGUCCUACAGCUAGCCCUCACCUCUCUCUCCCCCUCCAAACCCUACCCCGCCGGCCGUCGUCGCCACCGCUGCUGCUCGCCCUUGCCUCCCACGCGCCGCCGUCUCCCGGUCGUCCUCGCUCGCGUACUCUGCCGCAUCUCCCGCGCCAGCAGAUCGACGCAGCCGGGCCCGUCCACCGCGUCUCCCUGCCGCCCAGCUCGUCCCCGGCCUCCGCCCAGGCUAGAGCUGUGGUGCAAUCAGCAUGUCGAGUAUUUGACGAAAGGGCUCGAUGCCGAGUAUUGCUUCUCCAAUGUAAAAUUAACUCGAGUGUCGUCCCUGGUUAUUAUUUUGCUUGACAUUUUUCAUUCCAGUCGACCUUGGUUAUUAUGCUAUUGGAUGGUUCAUGGACUCGCGUUGCUGGAUGAAACGCUUGGCGAUGACCUCGAGAACGAUAUUGUAGACUUCUUUUCUCGAUGCCAGGAUAGGUUCAAGCCAAGUAGCUAACAUCCCCUUCUACCCAAGGUCAAGCAUUCAGCGGCGACAUCAGAGGAGACAUCGUCACACGGAAGUUUGGUACCUCGAGCCAUACUUAUCACUUGUUUCUUUCUUUUCUCUUGCCACUGAGUGCAAUCCCUCUUUUCCCAUGCAGCCCCUUCUCUGGACAAGCAAAAGCUCUGGCCGCCAUGGAUGCCAAUGAGAUUCUCGACCAAGGUUCACCUGGGCCUGCAUCCUCCAAAAACAAGAUGCAUCCACCUAUCAAGGUUAGCCGGAAGUUACCAACUUGCUUUGUAAAAGUCUUGGGAUUUUUAAAGUUUGUAGGAACCCUUUUUGAAUAGACGGACAUUUUAGAUAUUUGCUUGCAAGACCAAAAGAAAAUAUGUUGACAAAUGAACCUGCUUAUGCAGAAUGCUUUUGAGGAUAUUCAUACAAAAUUCUUUGUCAGUGUGCUUGCUUGACUGGGUUAAUAAGAAGAAUCAUGCAACAGUCAAGAAAAUGAACUAUUGCCCAUGUACAGAUCAAGUGAUUUUAGUCUCCCUUUCGGGAGAAGCCUAAGCCGAAAAUAACUGGCCUUGAGUACUUUUCAUUCGUAUGCAUUCCAUACUCAGGGAAUAAGUCUUGCGUAUGUGUGUGUAUACUGGAAUUGUAACUCACUGUAGUAAUUCAUAAUUAGUUCCAUCUUUUACUUUGAUACUGCAAAAAUAGGGAGGAAAUAUUGUGUGAGUCAGUAUCUCAAAGAUAAACAAGGGGAAGAUUUUAAUAUGCGGUGUCUCAGGCUGUUGAUUUUUUAGGCUUAUUUCGGCCAUAGAUUUAUCCUGUUCAUACGCUUAAAUAAAAUAGUUAAAGUUCAUGUCUAUGAUUUGUAUGAAAAAUAUGGGAUGUGCUUUCGAAUCUGCAAUAUUUUCAUCCUAUAGGGUUUACUUCUUUCAGCUCUUGGUUGUAUGCCUGAAUAGAAUAACCGAAGUUCGAAUUUAUGUGUGGUAACAAACUAAAUAUGAGAAGCAUUUGUCAUGUUCUAAGAAAUAGUAUAUUGUAAACGAUCGGGUGAAUUUUGCACUUCCAUUUCUAGGUGUGUUGUUUCAGGAUUUUGGAGCUUCCUGUCUAUAUUUCCGGAUGCCUUUUGUGGUUUCAAAUAGUGGUGCUUCUCAAGUUGUUUUGUUUGCAGGUCUGGCAAUAUUCAUUUGCGCCUAGCUCCUAACAUACAUGGAUCAAUCAUUUUAUUAUUUUGUCAUCUCAUGUACUUUCACAUGAUGUUAGAGUUCAUUGUCUGAAUUGUUAUUUAGGUGAUAGCUUUGUGAAAAUAAUAAUAGUUAGAAGCUCAGAAUCGUGAGAGAUCGAUGGUAUUUCCAAACUGGAAUGGCAAUGCUAAGUCUAAAUUUUACAUUCAAGUGGAAAUCAUGUUGGUAUUUGGUGCAUGACAAGGUGCAAAUUUCCUAACUUUUGCAAGAUGGUCUGCUUGGUUUGUGCUGAUCUGCUUAAGUCUUUGUUCAACGAUUAGAUACGAAAUCUACUCGCCAGGAGGAGCAUGAAUAGUACAUCGAUAGAGGAAGUAGGAGUUCUCCGAAAUGAUCAUCUACAAGCACAGUACAUAUUUGUUGAUUGCUAGCACUAUCUAUGUUUCCAUAGCAUUGUUUCCAACUGCUGUAACACCUAUUUUUACAAUAUAAGGUAUGAACUACCUGGCUUUAUUUUGAACUUAUGUACUGAUGUAGAAUGAUGGCUCCUGUUUUUUACUUGCUGGUAUGAACUGUUUCGUUGUAUUUUGUAAAGCUCAAGAAUUUACUUAUGAUGCUAACUAACAUUGCUACAA